AUGGAUAAUCCCGGAGCAUCCAAGAAACCACCGGAAUCUAAUGCCUCUGAUCAACACGAACACCCCUCCGGUGACGCCGGAACCCACAACGAAGUCAUCGUCAAAAUUGAUAGUAGCGAUAGGAAUAAUUCUGCCCAUUUGAUGCAUCUGAAUUCCGAUAGUCCUGUUAGGGGCGUCAUUAAUAGCGAUUACAUUGAUACGAAUCGUAGAGCUUCAGAUUCAAAACAAUCGUUCGACACCGAUGAUUCAGGUGAAAAACAUUACAAAGAAUCAUCAGAUGAGGAGGAAGACGAGUUUCGAUUACUGAAUCAACGCAAUCGACGAGUACCAAGCAAUUUGAGUUACCUUCACGAUCAUGAAAGCGAGGUUUUGAAAUGUACGUCGUUUCAGAGGAGAGCAAGUCUGGUAAGAACUAAAACUCAACAAUCGAGAUUAAUGGAUCCACCGGAGAUUCCAUAUUCCACCACAUUUCCUAAAUCCGGCCGCUACACCCCCGGCCGAACAGGUGGCUCCGCGAGAAUGGAAAACGACGAUGAGGAUGAUUCUCUGUUCGACGACGAUAACCCUGAUGAUUUGAAAAACAAAACCCUAGAUGCAUUGACAAUCAUUCAAUGGAUUAGUCUCGUGUUGAUCAUUUCAAUAUUAGUUUGCACCUUUAGAUUCCGUAGAUGGAAACAAAAAUCAUUCCGGGGACUUUAUAUCUGGCAAUGGGAGAUUCUGGUCCUGGCUUUGAUCUGCGGCCGAUUAGUCUCCGGUUGGUGUGUACGCCUUGCAGUGUUCUUCAUCGAACGAAACUUCAUUCUCAGAAAACGAGUUCUUUAUUUCGUGUAUGGAAUACGAACACCAGUCCAAAACUGUAUCUGGUUAGGUUUAGUUCUAAUCGCUUGGAACUCCAUGUUCAACGAAGCAGUUGCAGACCUCCAUAUCCCCUUCCUCGAGAUCAUAAACAAAUUCAUGGUAUGUAUGCUUGUCGCAACCACAUUAUGGCUGGUGAAAACCCUAAUUGUGAAAGUUCUGGCAUCGUCAUUUCACGUGAACAAAUUCUUCGAUCGGAUUCAAGAUGCAUUGUUCAAUCAAUACGUGAUUGAAACACUCUCCGGCCCUCCAUUGGUUGAAAUCCACAACAACCAAUUGGGGGAAAAAUCGAUGUCUAGGGUUUGGAAGCAUGAUGAUCUUGGAGGUGGGGCUUAUUCGUUUAAGACUAGGGGGGGUGUUAGUAGUAGGGUUAAAAAUUCGCCUGGUAGAGGAGUUAGUUCAAGAAGUUUGGGGGUUUCUAAGAAACAUGAAGGGAUAACGAUUGAUCAUUUGCAUAGGUUGAAUCCUGAGAAUGUAUCAGCAUGGAAUAUGAAGAGAUUGAUGAAGAUUAUUAGGCAUGGAUCUUUGACGACUUUGGAUGAACAUUUACAUGGUGUUCAUUAUGACGAUGAAGCAGGGACGGAAAUUCGAAGUGAAAUUGAAGCGAAACGGGCUGCGAGGAUGAUUUUCAUGAAUGUCGCCAAGCGUAGAUCAAAGUAUAUUUAUUUGGAAGAUUUAAUGAGGUUUUUGAGAGAAGAUGAAGCCAUCAAGACCAUGUCUCUUUUGGUAGCAUCACCCGAAGAAGAAAGAGUUGGCAAGAGAGCCUUAAAGAAUUGGGUGGUUAAUGUGUUUCGAGAACGAAAAGCUCUUGCUUUGACGCUAAAUGACACGAAAACCGCGGUCAACAAACUGCACCGGAUGGUCAACGUGUUGGUCGGACUUGCCAUUUUGAUCAUUUGUCUUGUGAUACUAAACAUUGCGACUACGAAAGUUCUAGUUCUUAUAAGCUCUCAACUUGUCGUGGUGGCAUUUGUAUUUGGGAAUACUUGUAAAACCAUAUUCGAAUCCAUCAUUUUCUUGUUUGUGAUGCACCCUUUCGAUGUCGGGGAUCGUUGCGAGAUUGACGGAGUUCAGAUGAUUGUGGAGGAGAUGAAUAUUUUGAACACAAUUUUUCUAAGAUCUGAUAAUCAAAAGAUUUAUAUUCCAAAUAGUGUUUUGUUGACAAGAUCCAUCGGAAACUUUUAUCGUAGUCCUGAUAUGUCGGAUACCAUCAACUUCUUAAUCCAUGUUGGUACACCCGCAGACAAGAUCGCUACUAUCAAACAACAAAUUCUAAGCUACGUUGAAAGCAAUAAGGAUCAUUGGUACUCGGAUCCAAUCGUGGUAACGAUGGACAUGUAUGAUUUAAACUCACAAAAAUUAUCGGUUUGGGUACAACACAAAAUUAAUUAUCAAGAUAUAACGCAACGGUUGACAAGAAGAGGAAAGAUUAUCGAGGAGAUGAUUAGAAUCUUUAGAGAACUAGACAUUGAAUACCGAAAUUAUCCACUCGAUAUCAACAUCCGGAGUAUGCCAAUACCCGCUACUCCCACUCGUGUUCCUUCAACAUGGGGAACUCCAAAUUAAGUCGUGAAUGGGUGAAUGAGAAAUGCAUAGAGAAAACAAUGUACUUUCAUCAGCUGCAACAAGUUCAUGAGGUUGUGUUACCCGAUGGGAAAAAUAUUUGUUUGGUGCUUAAAUUAUUGAGUAAAACAAGUUUCGACAAAUAUACGUGUCCCACCUCUUUUUGUACAUUACUCGAUUUUAGGAUUCGAUCACCACAAGAGGGAUCAAAUUUUGUACUCUAUAGGAGGUUUGAUGUAAAGCUUGUUAAGAUGAAUGGAUGCUUAUGCAUUCGUGUG